AAGACCCCAUCGGCGUUUAAAGCCUCUUUCCUGGUUGGUCUGAGUUGAGCGUCCCGCGCAUUCUGCGGCUAUUAAAGCAGGACUUUGAGCGCCGAGGGCUACACUUCCUUCGAGGCAGCACUCCAGAAAGAGGAAUCAAGAUGAGCGGCAGAGGCAAGACCGGUGGCAAAGCGAGAGCGAAGGCUAAGACUCGUUCCUCUCGUGCCGGACUGCAGUUCCCGGUAGGCCGUGUCCACAGGCUGCUGCGUAAAGGCAACUACGCCCAGCGUGUCGGUGCUGGUGCCCCCGUGUACUUGGCGGCCGUGCUCGAGUACUUGACCGCUGAGAUCCUGGAAUUGGCUGGAAACGCAGCCCGCGACAACAAGAAGACCAGAAUCAUCCCUCGCCACUUGCAGCUGGCGGUCCGCAACGACGAGGAGCUCAACAAGCUCCUGGGCGGUGUGACCAUCGCUCAGGGUGGCGUGUUGCCCAACAUCCAAGCCGUGCUUCUCCCCAAGAAGACCGAGAAGACAACUAAGUCUAAAUAAAUUGAGGAUGUGAUAAACUCUUAAACGGCUCUUUUAAGAGCCCCAACAUGUUCUUUACGAGCUUUGUUUCAUUUGCAGUGAUUUGAAGAAUAUACAAUGGAAAUAAAAC